AUGUCAAGUUUGUCGUCAAUAGUGGAACUCUCACCUUUGUUGGAUCUUGCUUCAUCAUAUUACCUUCAUCAUUCGGAUCAUCAUGGAUCGGUCACUGUCUCGCCAGAACUUACAAGCUCUAAUUACGCUUCAUGGAGCAAAUCUUUCCUUCUAGCCUUGUCAAUCAGAAACAAAACCGGUUUUGUGGAUGGAACCAUUAAAGAACUUGCUCUGGAUGAUGCUCUUCACAAUGCUUGGAUGAGAUGCAACAACUUAAUUGUUGCAUGGCUUCUUCGUUCAAUUUCUCCUCCAAUAGCAUCCACUGUGUUCUAUAUCAGUUCGGCAUCACAGAUAUGGGAGACCUUGAAGAAGAGAUUUUCACAACCAGAUGAUUCAAAAAUUUGUAAUUUGCAGUUGUCACUCAGUACAAUUACUCAAGGAACAAGAAUUGUUGAUGCCUAUUUCACUGAAUUGACGGGAAUAUGGGAAGAAUUAAGGAGCUAUCGACCUCUGCCUCAUUGCCAGUGUGGAAGAUGUAACAAGGACUGUUUCAAGAUUUUUUCUGAAGCGCAACAAAAGGAGUAUGUGUUCAAAUUCAUUAAUGGAUUAAAAACAAAAGGAUGA